AUGAUGGUAGCAGAACUAAAUCAAACAGUCAAGCGGAUUCUUCACUCAAUCAAAACUCAAAUAUGCACAAUAGCCAUAUCAUUCACAUUAUUCAACACGGUCCGUCUACCUCGCGAGGCGUUCAAGUAUGGCGAUAUUCCAUACUUGGUUACAUACUCCUUUUGGCUACUCGCGGUCGCGCUGCCAACAACACUGUUGCAGCUUGCGAUGGGGCAGCUCAGCCAGCAAGAUCCUGUUGGAGUCUGGAGAGCAGUUCCUAUACUACGAGGUGUAGGUCACUUGAAGAUUCUAACCUCAUAUAUUUGUUGUAUAUACAGUAUGAUAUAUAUUGCAUUAUCAGCCGCCUAUAUGAUUUGGAUAGCAAAGGGAACGUUUCCGCUGAAAGAUUGUACAAAAUUACAUUUAACUCCGAAUGGAUACGAAAAUAAAAUGAACGCUUCUGAAUGUUUUAACUCCACGUUUUUGGCGCCAUUUGCCGAACAGCCACAAUAUCUCGGCGUAAUGGCUAUUUUAAUAUUCGUUUUAUGGUUCUUUGUGCCCAUUAUGUUGUAUCGCCUCCGAAAAACUUUACGAAUAGCACUUAUUAUCUGCACACCCAUAAUAAUAGUAAUUGCCAUACUUCUGUUUAUAUUUUUAUCCGACUCAUUUACAUUGGCCACUAUGUUGGAAUCUUGCGACCAUUGGUCACCACUAACUCAUCCAUAUAUUUGGCAGAGCUCGUUAGUUCAGGCGCUCUUGUCUUCAAAUAUAGUUAGUGGCUAUUUAAUUAGUGCUGGAGGAACAGUUUAUAGACAAUCAGACGUUAGAUGGACAUCAAUAUUUGUUACAAUCACUAAUUUAGUAUCUGCUUGGUUGUCCGUAUUUAUGUGGCAGUCCAUAAGCGGUGAAAGCAAUAAAGAUACCAGCUUUGUAUCAAUAUUAGUUUUAAUAUAUCAGUCUUCGGUGUCCGAAAAGAGAUCCAAAGAAUGGCCGCUAUUAGGUUUCGGGUUAGUACUAGCGUCGGGGAUUAUCACUGUGCUAGCUCUAUUAUAUCCUAUAUACGACAAAUUGCACCGUCUAGCAGGCGAUCAUUGGCGACUAUUUGCAUGUGCAUCUUCUGCAUUAGGCACAGCACUAACUGUUACUGUGCUAGCACAAGGACUAGAUGUUACAUCUCUGCUUGACGAACUGGUCGUGCCAGUACUAGCUGUGUUCACUACACUUGUCGAAAUUGUAGGUUUCGUGUUUAUUUACGGUUGGUAUUACUUAACAGUGGACAUCCAUUUUGUAACUGGUUCAAGAUUGCCGAUAUUUUGGUUGAUAUCUUGGUGGAUAACUCCAGUACUACUUAUGGGUGUGAUGGGCUGGUGGCUACGAUCACUUUUAAGGUUCACUUGGGGAAGUCAGACUUUAUGGCCCUUGGGAGGAACUUUAAUUGGUAUCUUGGUGGUGAUGAUAAUCAUGGCAGCUGUAGCAGUCGCGAAGGAAGAACAAUUCAACCUGUUAACAAAAAUAGCAUCUGCGUUUCGACCUUCACGACUUUGGGGCCCAGAAGAACCGAUGGCACGGUACGUCUGGAUGUCCCAAAGAUAUAUUAAUGAAAAUGGAAAUUCCGAGCAAGAAUUGAAUAUAGAUAAAUCUUUUAACCCCACUAUUAUUAGUAAAUAUCACAGUAAAUACAACGAACCUUACAAAGAAAAUUGGUUGCAUACAUCGAAUAUUUAUCAAACUACCACAAAAAAUAAUAAGCAUGAUUUUAUGAAGAGCCAAGAGCCUUCAUAUGACGAUAUAGGGGCUAUAUAUUCUAUACCUAUAGUACCGAUAAAUAAAAGGAAAAGAAACGAAGGCGAGCAAUUUCGCUCGCCUAACAUUUGCGUUGCCAAAGGUGAUAUGGGAGGUCUAAUAAAUUGCAAUUGUAAUAGACAUUUCCAAUUAAAUGUGCCUGACUUAAGAACCAACGAAGUAUCGACUAGUCUUUAA